AUGGAAUAUUAGAGCUUGGAGAGGAGUGUGAUAACUGGAGAGCCGAAUCUACUCAAAAUCAAGGGGAAAUAAUCGUAAUGCACUUUGUACUGCGGUUAGCAAAGCCUUGCUUGUGAUGACGGAAACAAUCUUUCUGGAGAUGGCUGUAAUGAGUUUUGCGAGGUAGAAUAAGGAUUUACUUGUAUUAAAAAUGGAAUUGAGAAGGCAAUCUGUACAAGAAUAUACUCAUUCUCUAAUUAGCAGGCAAUGCCACCCAUUUGUGGCAACGGAUUGAUAGAAAGAGGAGAAGAGUGCGAUGAUUAGAAUCUAGUCUUGCCUUAAAAGCGAAAAAUUAUGUUAGGAUUUGAAUAAGAUUUCAGGAGAUGGGCAAAGACUUCAGAAAACCAGUUGAAUUAGAACACUGAAUUCAAUGAAUGCAUAAAAGACAGCAAUAUGGCUUACUAUGAAGAAUGCGAUGAUGGAGACUAGACUCAUUAAGGGGGUUGUGAUUCUUAAUGCAGAAUUAAAGAGGGAUUUACUUGCCAUACUCAAUUUGGAAAGAAAUCUAUUUGUUAUCCGAAUUGUGCACUUGGAAGCUCUCAGUGCCUUGAUUAAAAUAAAAUAGAUAAUGAUGGGGACAAAAAGCUUUAUAAAUAAGAAAUCUCAACCAAUUUCUUAAUAUUACAAUUAAGAUCAGAGAUCCAUUGUCUAGAAUAAACUAUUACCAAACUCUUACAAUUUGAUUGCCAAUUCUAUCUGCAAAAAUGGUGUGAUCAGAAUUGUUAAAUUCGAGAAGGCUACCAUUAAAAUUUAAUGGGAGAGUAGGCUAUAAUUACAAAGUCAUGCUUCAACUCUGUAACUAACUAAUGCUACGAUAAUAACAAGAAUCCAUAACCAUAAGUAGUCUAUUCUGGAAGCGGUAAAAAUAAGAAAAAAUCAAAGUAACACCCAUCAGCUCAUAAAGUUGCGACAAAAAAGAUGGAAUACUUGGAAUAGGUGAGGAGUGUGAUGAUGGCUUAAUUGAUAAAAAUGAGCAUUAAUAUUCAGGGUAUUUUAUAUCUUUUCUUCAUCUUAAUUUUAAUCAUAUUAUUAUAAGAUGUAAUGAUUAGUGCAAAGUAAAAUAAGGUUGGACCUGCUCUCAAGAAUAAGGAAAGAAAUCCAUCUGCUUUAAGGGAUGCAGCAGAUAUGGGUUUUAAUGCUUAGAUCAAAAUAGUAUUGUUGGUGAUGGGUAAGUACCAAUAAGAUAACUAAUUCAAUAAAUAUAGAUGUGAUAAAUAUUGCCAAAUUGAGGAUGGAUACUCAUGUGUUCUCAAUAUUAACUCAGUAGAUUAAUCAGCCAAAUUCUUCUGUUACAACUAAGAUGAGAUCAAUUAAUAAAAACUGCCAGCACAGCAUUAGACAGUUUAAUAACUAAGAAACUUAGAAGAAUCAACAACUGAGACAACAACAAGUGCCCCUACCACCGAGUCCACAACUGCUACAGCUACCACGGUUGCAUCAUCAACAACUUAAGCUGCUACAACAACCAUAGCUGCAUCAACAACUGUGACAACAACAAGUGCCCCUACAACUACUAUUUGGCCAGCUCCCACUCAGUAAUCAACAACAAUCACAACAACAUUUACUACAGUUACAACCACACCUGAGCCUGCUGUAGUUAAAUAAUGUAAAGAAGUGUUAAGUGCAUUCGAAAGUGAAGGCGAGUAGAUAACAUGUAAAGGCAUGACAUCUUGUCCUAAUGGCUCAAUUCCACCAUGUGUAUGGGUCAAAAAGAUCACAACUAAAUGCACUGUUGAUUCUUAAAACUCAAAUGGCAGAGAUCUAUAAUCGGGCAUUAGCGCAAGACUCAGAAUGGUAUCAAAUGGACUACCCAAUCAUUGUUUUGAAUCUGGUUAACAAAGUACUCCUAGAGAAAAUUAAAUUGACUUUGAAAUUAGAUUCAAGAAUAAACCAAGAAAAAACUUAAAAAGAAACAGAGUGCUUGAAGGUAGUGACAGAGAGCUUGAAGGUAGUGACAGAGUGCUGGAAGAUACAGAUGAAGAGAUCACAAUGACAUUGUACAAUGGUGAUAAUCAACUUAGUGUGAACAUGGCUCUCUGUGACGAUGCAUGGACUUAGACUGGAUUUAUUACUUCGCUUUACCCUGAUUAUAUUGAAUAUUCUGGCUAUUUAGAUGGUAUAGUAGGAAUCGCUCUUAAUGGUGUCCCCAUUCACACAGGAAACUCUGAGUAUGGAUCUGAUGUAUACUAUCCUAAAAGUUUUGGAAGCAAACUAUAUAGUUCCAAGAAAAUUAAUCUUGAUACAUGUUUGGGAAGCUCGGAGUUCUCAGGAUACUAUCAUUAUUAUGGAUGGUCACCUUGUAUUCUACCAAGAGGACCAAUAAACAGCUACUUCUUUACUUCAUGCAAAAAUAAUGAAGCUUGCUUGUAAGACCCACUAGCAUAUUCUCUGUCUUUUAUGACACCUUAAGAAAAGACAAUUAUGAUAAUUGGAGUAGCAAGAGACGGACAUUCUAUUCUAGGACCAUACAGAAGAGAUGGAAUGCUAUGGUAGCCAUGUGAUGUAGAUUUAUGCAAUGGAGUUGAUAUUGGAGGUGUUUACUAUUAUGUGACAACGAUGUUCCAUCCUUACACUGUUGGAUGUUGGGGACCAAGUCCUAUGAAAACUAUUGCACAGCAAUGCUCUAAUAAUGUCUAAGUUUGUAGUGGAGCUAGUAUGGUGAAAUUCUUUGUUCAUAUAAUUUCGCCUAUUAUUCUAGUUUAUUUCACUAUGUUUAUGUGA